AUGGCAUCCGCGGAACAAGAUGUGCAGCUGCACGACUUCACCAACAUCUUUACCUUGAAAGGCAAAGUCGCAGUCGUGAGCGGCGGAUCUCGAGGAUUAGGUCUCCAUGCAGCAUCAGGCCUGAUGCAAGCUGGCUGCUCCAAGAUCUUCAUCACCUCCCGUAAAGCUUCAGCCUGCGAUGCCGCCGUCGCAGCCCUAAAUGCGCUCCCCAAUAAAUCGCCUGGUGCAGUAGCUAUUUCCAUUCCCGCGGAUAGCUCCAAGGUCUCCGAGAUCGACCGACUUGUGCAGGAAGUCAGCAAGCAUACCGAUCACGUGGACAUUCUCUUUGCCAAUGCAGGAGCGACCUGGGGCAGCAAGUUUGAAGAGGCGGACGAGAAGAACGCAUGGGAUAAGGUUAUGGACUUGAAUGUCAAGGGUGUAUUUUUCACAAUCCAAAAACUCACACCCCUCCUCACAAAGUCCGCAACAGUUCAAGACCCCUCGCGCGUCAUUGUAACAGGCAGUGUAGCAGGAAUCGGCGUGGGAUCUCUCGGUGAGACAGGCUCUUGGUCGUACUCCGCAUCCAAGGCCGCAGUCCUGCAUCUUGCGCGCAACCUUGCUGUUGAACUAGGGCCCAGACACAUUCUUGUCAACGGAAUCGCGCCUGGAUUCUUCAUGAGCAAGAUGGCGGGUGUACUGAUGGAGAAAGCUGGUGGUGAGGAGGCGUUGGGAAAGACUAACCCGAAUGGAAGGGUAGGAAAGCCAGAGGACAUCGCAGCUGCGGUUGUGUAUUUGAGCAGUCGGGCUGGCGGACAUGUCAACGGAGACACAAUUGUGCUCGAUGGCGGCAAGAUCCACGGAAGUAACAAGUUGUAG